UAUUUUUCCGUUUAUGUAUUAAAAAGAUAAGAGGUUGCUCGGUUGUUGUGAGCGCUGCAGCUGAGUGAAAGCCCGCUGCUGCGCGCUGAUGACGCGGGUGGGAUGCGCCGCCCUGGCUGCCAGAAGCCAGGAACAGUUAGGAGCAGCUCGAGCAGGCAUCUGUUGGUCAGACAGGAAUGGGUGACAUGAAGACCCCAGAUUUUGAUGACCUGUUGGCAGCAUUUGAUAUUCCAGAUAUUGAUGCUAAAGAAGCAAUUCAGUCUGAGUCAGGGGAUCCUGAUGCGAAUCACAGCGAAUCCGGUGGCAGUGGUACCAAAGAGAGAAUCGGUGGUUCAAAUCAAAGGCCUAUCGGACCCUCAGAAGUCCGUGAAACUUCUCAUGACCCGUCUGUAGUUAGUGUUAUUGUAAAGAACAGCAUAUGUGCUGAUGUAUUUGAAAACAGGAGAGAUGAGGAAGAAAACACAGAGAGGCAAGUAAGUGAUGUUCUGGAUGAAGCUGACAGAAGUAGGGCUGGGGGCCAGCUGUCUCCCCAGGUUGCACACAGCCUGAUGCCAAUGGACCCGCUCAUCCAUAAUGGAUUCAAGGCUGUUUCAGGAGAAGUUGUUGAACACUCCCUGCUCUCCAGUCAGUCACAAAUGCAACCAAAAAGCCAUCUGUGGUCCCCUUGUUCUCCUAAAAUAGCCAGGGAAGGUGAUGAGAGCAACCAGGGUGAUGGUCCUUCCAAUCCCUCUGCCAACUUUUCCCCUCACAUGCCUUUACCUGCGUCUGCUUCUUCCAUCUCUUGCACAAAUUUCAUCAGCCUGCCGCCUUCCAAAGUUGAUGAAGAUGACAUAGAACAUCCUGCAUCUGCCUUCACUCCUCAAACUCAGCCUGUAAACAGCAGCUCAAGGACCGAGAUUAAUCAAGCAUUAUCUGAAGACGAAGAAUCAGAACCAGACCUUGGAAGCCCUCCGCUAAUGAUUCAGGAGAGUCCAGACAUACAGAUGUCUUCGCCUCUCAGGUUUCCAGGCAGACAUGGGUCAUCCGGCGAGCUUCAGCCUCCUCCUCCUUCCUCUCCUUCAUUGCCUAUAAGUAACACUCAAACUGGAGAGACCACUUCUGUUUCUCCACACCAAACUCCCUUGGUGUCCCAUCAGACACCACCACAGAGCAACAACACCCUCGAAAAGACACACCCAUCCAUACCAGAGGUAUACCCAGAGCACAUUAUUGAGGAAAGAGACUCUCCCGAGAGCCCUGAGCCGGAAAUGCCAGCAUGUCCACAGUGGAAAAGCUUAUCAUCAACCCCUGCACAGGAGCUAGAAGAGAAAGAAACUGUGCAGGACAAAAUCUUGGAGGAUCUUGAUAAGGAGGAGCCAAUGGAGAAUGCGAGGAAUGGACAGGAGCACAGUAAAUCGGACAGUGAAAAAGUUGAGAAAGAAAACAUGGUAGAACCAGAAGAAGAGGAACCCUCAGUCCUAGUCUCAGUUGCAUCUGUCGAAAACAGAUCAGGCUCCUCUGCAGUACCAUCCAGACCUCUUAAAGUUAGAAUCAAGACAGUAAAAACCCCCACAGGCAACAUCACACGCACCGUUACCAGAGUAGCUGCUAAAGGAGCUGCAGUCAGCAUCUCCAAGGGCCCUGAUGGGUCUAAAAUACCGAUAGGAGGUCGUAAGGGGGUCAGCAGGCCUAAGAGACCUGCAGCAGCCAUGUCGGGUCAGCCUCAGGACUCAAAGACUACAGUGCUUCCAGUGUCAACCUUACAGGAUGCAAGCUCAGCCAUGCUGUUUGCAGCCAGCAAGGCACAGAAAGUGGCCUCUAGUGUCACAAAGACAUCAACUUCACCAUCUGUUUCAUCUUCAUCCCCAUCCUCCUCUGCCAUCAGUAUUUGCUCGAUUGGUCAGAAAACAGUUGCUGUACCUUCCACUAAGCCGGCAUCCAUUGUAAACAGCCCCGGAGCUGUGAUCUCCCGCAGCCAGUCGAGCCUGGUGGAGACCUUCAACAAGAUUCUCAACAGUAAGAACCCGCUGCCCAGCUACCAGCCAGACCUCUCCAUCCUGCCUCGUCCCGAGUGGGGCCUUGGCGUGCCUGCUUCAGGGUACCGCUGCCUGGAGUGUGGGGAUGCAUUUGCUUUGGAGCGCAGCCUGGCGCGCCACUAUGAUCGGCGCUCCUUGCGCAUCGAGGUGACAUGUAACCUCUGCACGAAGCGGCUGGCCUUCUUUAACAAGUGCAGCCUGCUAUUGCACGCCCGUGAGCACAAGGAGAAAGGAUUGGUCAUGCAGUGCUCACACCUUGUCAUGAGACCUGUCAGUGUGGAACAGAUGAUUGGUCAACAGGAUACUGUGCCCAUAGGUGUGCUUUCUCCAUCUCUGCUGGCCACUGCUUCCAUGACUGGGUCCUUUGAUAAUUGGUGCCCAGAGUGUAAGAAUUCAUUUGGCUCAAAAGAAAAACUAGCUGCACACUUCCAGGAAUCAGAUCCGGGGGGAAUAGACACAUGCUGUAUGCAGUGCUCUCCUCCAAUGCCUCUGUGGAAUGCCUGCAGUGCUGCUGCACACCAGCGACUCCAUCAGAAGCUCCACCCUCUCGUCUGCCCCGAAUGCGGACUCGUCUGCCUGGCACACAGUCUUAACACGCACGUGCGCCGAGCCUGCCUACAUUACACACGUCAGCUGGGAUACAGGUGUCCCUGUUGUCAGCUGGUGUUUGGAGGUGUGAAUAGUCUGAAUGCAGUAAAGAAUCACAUGCACACAGCUCAUUCUGAAGUCUUCCAUAAAUGCCCCUCGUGCCCCAUGGCCUUCAAAUCUGCUUCCAGUGCUGACACUCACUGUAGCACCCAGCACCCUCAGCUCUCAGAGAAAACCAAGCAAUCCAAGGAGAUAUAUAAAUGUGUGAUGUGUCGGACCGUUUUUACCCAAAAAGCCCUGCUCAACGUCCAUUUUGACACUCAUCUAGUGACGCAAAAGGUUAAUGUGUUUAAAUGUCCAGAUUGCCACAAGCUGUUUACACAGAGGAUGUCCCUCCUGGAACAUGUGAAGGCUUCACACAGGAAGUCAGCAGCUUAUCUGACUCAGAAGGGCUCAGUCAAGAUGGAGAGCUCAGAUGGGGAAGAGUGGAGAAAAGAGGAAGAUGAGGAUGGAGAGGGAUACCCAGGAGAGAAAGAGAGAUCAACUGCUCCCAACUUUCAGAGCUGGAGCUGCUCAGAGUGUCAGAUGAACUACACAGACAAAGAGAGCUACAUCACCCACAUGGCCAAGCAGCACAGAAAGGAGCUGAAGCGGUUCCCUUGCACUCUGUGUGAAGGCUCCUUCUCUUCCUCUUCAAGUUUGAGACGCCACUUCCGGGUCAAACACAAAGGCGUCAAGAGGUCUUUCUACUGCCAGUUAUGCACUGGGAGCAAAAAGAGUUUUAGCAGUAAGCUGGUCCUAGAAAAACAUAUGCAAAUUCAUCAUGGAGGACAAAGAGCAGCAAACAGUCAAAGACAGGUGAGUUCACGAUUCACUGACGCUGCAGAUAGCUCCUCCGAACAAGAUGGAGCCCUCACCACUGCGACUGCAGAAGAAAACAAUAACACGGAUCAUUUCAGCUUGGCUCGAAAAAGCAGAGGAGGAUCUGCUCAGGAGCAGGACACUGAGGCUUUCCGUUGCAUGCCAUGCGGUUUCGUUUCUGAAGACAAGGAGGAGUUUCUACGCCAUAUCCAGAGUCACCGUGGUGAAGGGGGCAAGGGUGUGCAGUGUCAGCAGUGUGGGGCGUGCUUUGCAUCGGGCUCCUCCCUUGCCCGCCAUCGCUUCAUCACUCAUCGAGUACGAGAUGGAGACGGAGAUGAGCGGCGUGAGAAUACGUUCCAUGACGCUGCGGAGGGGGCGGAGUCUCCAGGGUCACCGACUCUAGCAGAGGAAGGGGAUGGCAAGCUUAGCUGCAAAGUGUGUGGACGUCACUUCAGCAAAGCUGCUGACCUUAACACACAUUUCCGCACUCAUGGCAUGGCUUUCAUCAACGCCUACAAAGCCGAGAAGCCAGCCUGAGAAAGAGGAAGCAGUAAAUAAAGCUGAUAAUGCUGAAUGAAGCUUCAGUUGAAAAUGUGAAGUCCUGCUGAGCUGUGUUUAAACUGUACACUCAUCUUAUAUGCCUUAAUCACUCUGCAUCUGCAUUCAAAAUAACAAUGUGGAUUGGAUAUGUAUUAACCCUCCUUGAACUUUUCCACAGUUUGUAGUGUUACAACCUAAAAAUUGGACUUAAUUGGGAUAAUAUUUUAUGAAUGUUAGAAUACAUGUGGAUAAAGGGUUUCUAGUUUGAUGAGGGCAUAAUUUCUUCUUUUUUUUUGCCUUGGCAUGAAGUGCUUUGUUUGGUGGAAAUUCAACACUGCUGAUCAACCUGAGAACCUGACAGUGAAGAGCGAUGGUGGUAGCAUCAUGUUGAAAAGUACUCUUGACCUCUUGGUUGCUUUUCUGAGUAAUGCCCCCUUACCCAGUCACUGACAUUCCUUCCAUUAUUAAUAAUGCAUUUACAUAUAUAUAUAUAUAUAUAUAUAUAUAUAUAUAUAUAUAUAUAUAUAUAUACGUACACACACACACACACACACACACACACACAUACACAGACAGAGUGGGUCCAAAAGUCUGAGACCACUAGUGCUUUUAUUUUGCAUUCUUUUCUAAUUUAAUACAAUAAUUUUCAUUACAAAUUAUAUUAUUGACAACAACUUGAGUGAAAAAUAGAUUCUCUGAAAUAUUUACAUGAAUUUCAGAGUUUUUUAGUAUUUGGUAUGACUCCUUUUUGAUUUAAUGGCAGUGUGCGCUUCAGCUGGCAUGGACUCCACAGAACCUUAUGAUCCAUUAUAGAUCAAAUCCAUCAGAGUGUUGUCUGAACACAUGCUUCAGUAGCAGAGAUUAGGCAUGAGGAAAAUCUGACCUUUAUACAAAGCAGUUAACAUGGGCAAUAUCACAAAUUUGCUUACAUUUAAUUAGAGACCUAGAAAUAGUGCAGAAUCUUGAAUAUUAAAUAUUCAAGAUACUGAACAUUUACUUUCUUUGUUUUAAAUAUUUCAAAAUUCUAAAACCUUCUGUUUAUUUCCAGUUAAAAAAAAAUCUCCGAUUUUCAAUGUGGUCUCAGACCUAUGGACCGACUGUAUAUAGUCCCUCUGAAAGUAUUGGAAUGGCAUGACUAAUUCUUUUGUUUUUGCCUAGCUGUAUUCAACAACUUGGAACACGGCACCUUUUUGUUUGACCCCACUCACUUUUUUAAGUGAGCAAAAAUAUUGGAACACGUGACAGAUGUAUAUCACACAAACACCGAUCAGCUAUAACAUUAAAACCACUAACAGAUGAAGUGAAUAACACUGAUCAUUGAUUAUCUCGUUACAAUGAUGUUGAUGUGUUGGAAGAAGGAAAAAUGAGCAAGCGUAAGGAUCUGAGUGACUCUGACAAUAGCCAAAUUGUGAUGGCUAGACAACUGGGUUAGAGCAUCUCCAAAACGGCAGCUCUUGUGGGGUGUUUGCAGUAUGCAGUGGUUAUUACCUACCUGAAGUGGUCCGAGGAAGGACAACCAGUGAGCCGGUGACAGGGUCCUGGGCACCCAAGGCUCACUGAUGUACAUGGGGAGCGAAGGCCAGCCUAUCUGGUCUGAUAGCCACAGACCAGGCAAAGUGCCCAUGCUGACUUCUGUCCACCACCAAAAGAACAUACAAUGGGCACGUGAGCAUCAGAACUGGACCAUGGAGCAAUGGAAGAAGGUGGCCUGGUCUGAUGAACCACGUUUUCUUCUACAUUAUGUGGACGGCCGGGUGCAUAUAUGUCGCUUACCUGGGGAAGAGAUGGCACCAGGAUGCACUAUGGGAAGAAGACAAGUCGGCAGAGGUAGUGUGCUGGUCCGUUCAAUGUUCUGCUGGGAAACCUUGGGGCCUGGCAUUCAUGUGGAUGUUACUUUGAUAUGUACCACCUACCUAAACAUUGUUGCAGAACAAGUACACCCCUUCUCAAAAGAUCUCAAUCCGAUCGAGCAUCUGUGGGAUGUGCUGGGCAAACAAAUCCGAUCCAUGGAGGCUCCACCUCGUAACUUACAGGACUUAAAGGAUCUGCUGCUAAUGUCCUGGUGCCAGAUACCACAGCACACCUUCAGAGGUCUUGUGGAGUCCAUGCCUGUUUUGGUGGCACAAGGGGGACCUACACAGGUGGUUUUAAUGUGCCAUUAUCUCCUGGCUUUGGUUGGAUAGCUCAUUGGUCUUCAUGAUGCUGUUUGUAUAGGUAUGUUCUAUAACAAACUCUUCCAGGAAUCUGGGGUCGUCCUGGAAUAGCGGAAUUAUAUUAAGAUCAUGUGACACUUUAAUUGUAUGCAGGUGGACUCCAUUCAGCUAACUAUGUGAUGGGUAGAUAAUUAUACAAUUACAAUUUUUUUUUGCAAACUAUACUUCAGUAUUAUGGGCUAUUAUGUGUAAAAUUGUUACAUAUACAUAUUCCAGGUUGUAACGCUACAAAAUGUAUUAAAGUUCGACAGGGCUGAAUACCUAUGCAAGGCACUGUCUGUAGGUUUCCAACAGUACCUUGAGAGAAUUUUUAUAUAGCAGUUGAUUCGUUUGAUGGAUUAGUUCUUUCAUAAUGUUAGAGGGGAUUCAGGCUAUAUGGCAAAUCAGAGGCUUACCUCAGAUUUUACAGGGCAAGAUUCAGGCUCAUUUUCUGUGCAGGUUAUAGACUGAACUUGACUUUUAGUUUAGCCCCUAGCUCUGUGCACUCACCUGAGCCUUAGCUAUUAAUAUUUACAAAUACCUUGUUCCCUAUAAAUAAGCAUUGUGUAUUUUAAUGUUAUUACAUUGAAAAAAAAACCCCUAUAUAACUUGAUUUUAAGUCACAAUUUAUGUAAUCCUAAUGAGUUACACCUUUAUUCCUGAUUUUGUUUUUAGCUGUCAUUAAGUCAAUCUAAAGGGUUUAAUAUUAAAAGAUAUAUAAUCAUCCUAGUAGACUUUACUAUGAGCUUUUAAAAUGGUUGCCUUUUUGUCUUGCUAAGACAAUUCUAAUAGACUUUACUAAUGUGCAUUUACUAAUUUUAUAUGUUGAAGCCAUAGAAGAAUUACUCUGGGAUCCAGUGCUGUCUGAAUCAAGAAGCAGCUUUAAAAAGCAGUUGUGUGUGUGUGUGUGUGUGUCUGUGUGAGAGAGGGGUGGGGGGGUUAAAGACUGAUGAAAGUACAUAUUUUUAUAAUAGGGCUUGGCCUACACCAAAUAUUCCCUCUAUGAUGCUCUUGUCAUUGUGUUAACACCAUUAACUAAGCUGUUGUAAAUGAUUAUUCAGGAAAGCUUGGAAAAGGAUUCUUUUUGGGCUGCUUGAAGUGCUGUAGACGGGAAAUUUCAUACAAUGGGCAUCAUUAAUCAAGCUGGAUACGAACAGAUUUAUUCGUAAAAUGUUUGUAGGAGCAUUUACAAAAGAAAUUUGGGAUUCAUGAAAAUCCUUUAAUUUCAGAAAAACACUUGUAUCCUGAACCUGCUUCUGAGUGUGUGUAAAUUUACGCAUAAGGAGACUAACUAAUGUAAACCCCGAUUUGAUGGACUUCAAAUCAUAUAAUUUGCAUGGACUGCUGAGCAGCUUACAGAUUUCCUUGGCAGUUCAGCAGGUCAGGGCCCAAGAAUAUACAAUCGAGAACAUUUUGUGAAACCCAGUUAUAUUACUGGCAUUAAUUAAAGAAUUUAAAAAAUAAAGAAAGUGAGCUAACACAAACCUAUAAAUUAAGACUAAUAAAACAAAUCAUUAAGUUAUGACAAAAGAAAUACAGCUGUAUACAUGGAGGACGGGCCAGUCUGUCUGUGCCUCAAACAAAUGCUUCAGCUGACGGAACGAGGUAUUCCAGAAGGAUUAAAUAAGUUAAAAUAAUUUCCAUUUCUGCCUUUCCUGUGUUUCCAGCCAUCUGUGCACUUGACCUUCUAUGGAGUUUUGUGGGUGUCACUAAAUGCAGUUGAGCUGUGUUGGAAACAUGCUUUGCACUUUACAGGUGAUCAAGAAAACCAUAGAAGUACAAAGAAAAUCAGCAUUUCUGAAAUUUCUGUAAAUCCAGUGGAAAAUUUAAGUUUGGCGUGUACAAACAUUUACACACAACUUUACUAAAAGAUUAAUAAAUGAGGCCCAAUGUUAACAUUUCUUCUACUACAUGGAUCAGCUCAGAAAGAUCCUUAAAGUUCUAGCUGAGGAAAAUCUUUGUUUUCAGCUCAUUUUAUUUUGCUCAUUAUUUAUCUAGCAGCCCAUUUUGAUCUCAGUUUUGUUUAAAACAGUCCUUAUUUCUUGAUUAAAAAAAAAAAAUUUACAUGUAAUUACAUUUAAUACUCCCAAACCACCCUGUUUGAGGACUUAAUGGAGUAUUUGUAUAACCUUCAAUCCUCAAUUUGUUGGCAAUUGUAAAUAAAAAUCAUUAGUCACA